AUGCCAUCCAGUCUGUACAGGGUCAUCGGCAAGGAUCUGGCAACCAGAUUUGAUUGGCAGCAAAGUGAAUGCCAGGAGUGGGACAUAAGCAAGUGCUUGAACAAGAAACAAAUCAAGGUGAAGGAAGAAAUUGCAUGCAGAGAGUACGAUUUGAAGGCACGGGAGCCAUAUAUGUGUCCUAGCCAUGUAGAGAUGGAGAAAUAUGAACUGGGGAAAGGUAAUUUGAAUGAACUUCAACCCAUGCAUGGCGAGGAUCGACAAUAUUCCUGUGAUGAGUGUGGUGAAUCAUUCAGUCAGCAAGUAAUUCUGAGAGCUCAUCGAUGCAUGCAUAGUGAGGAGCAGCUGAUUUGUUGUGAU